CUCGCGUUCCCCUUGUGUCUGUCUGAUUGUCUCGCGCUGCUGCGGCGGCAGCCGUUGUUGCGGUCUCGGCCGAGCCCCGCGAGCGAGGGCGAAAACGAGGCUGUCGCUCCCGCAGCUCCUGUAGCCAGGCGGGCACCAUGGCAGGGGGGUCGCCCGGCUCUGCUUCUCGGCCGUUCUCGCCGCUGCUCCGGCUGCUGGCCGUGGGGCUGGUGCUUGGGGGCCACCGGGGGGCCCAAGCCUUACUGUGUCUGUGCUCUGGUUGCACCCAAGCAAACUCCACAUGUGAAACAGAUGGUGCCUGCAUGGUCUCAAUAUCAAACAUGAAUGGAGUCAAGCAUCAUGUCCGAACCUGCAUCCCUGAAUCAGAUCUUGUUCCUGCUGGGAAACCUUUCUUCUGUCUGAGUUCAGACCAUCUGCGCAAUACACAUUGCUGCUACUCUGACUACUGCAACAAAAUUGAUCUUAUGGUGCCCAGUGGACACUGGAAAGAUGAAGAAGCACCUUCUAGCUGGGGUCCUGUGGAGCUGGUGGCUGUGAUUGCAGGGCCAGUCUUCCUUGUGUUCAUCAUUAUGAUCAUAGUAGUUUUCGUCUUUCACCACCACCAGCGAGUCUACCACAAUCGACAACGGUUGGAUAUGGAGGAUCCCUCUUGUGAGAUGUGCCUGUCCAAGGACAAAACCUUGCAAGAUUUAGUCUAUGAUCUGUCUACCUCCGGUUCUGGCUCAGGUCUGCCACUCUUUGUCCAGCGUACUGUAGCUCGAACGAUAGUCCUGCAGGAAAUCAUUGGCAAAGGUCGUUUUGGGGAAGUGUGGCGUGGUAGAUGGCGUGGUGGUGAUGUAGCUGUGAAAAUCUUCUCUUCGCGGGAAGAGCGAUCCUGGUUCAGGGAGGCUGAGAUCUACCAGACUGUCAUGUUACGCCAUGAGAAUAUUCUAGGUUUUAUUGCUGCAGACAAUAAAGAUAAUGGCACUUGGACUCAGCUGUGGUUGGUCUCUGAUUACCACGAGCAUGGAUCUCUGUUUGAUUACCUUAAUCGAUAUGCUGUAACUAUUGAGGGGAUGAUUAAAUUGGCUUUGUCUGCUGCCAGUGGACUGGCACAUCUGCACAUGGAAAUUAUGGGAACUCAAGGAAAACCUGGGAUUGCCCACCGGGACUUGAAAUCCAAGAACAUACUAGUGAAAAAGAAUGGAACUUGUGCUAUUGCAGACCUGGGUUUGGCUGUCCGCCAUGACUCUGUUACUGACACAAUUGACAUCGCACCUAAUCAGAGGGUUGGCACAAAGCGGUACAUGGCCCCUGAGGUUCUUGAUGAAACAAUUAACAUGAAGCAUUUUGAUUCAUUUAAAUGUGCCGAUAUUUAUGCCCUGGGCUUGGUCUACUGGGAAAUUGCUCGCAGAUGCAACUCAGGAGGUAUUCAUGAAGAAUAUCAGCUCCCAUACUAUGAUCUUGUGCCCUCUGACCCCUCCAUUGAAGAAAUGCGAAAGGUAGUAUGUGAUCAGAAGCUGCGACCAAACAUUCCUAACUGGUGGCAAAGUUAUGAGGCCUUGCGAGUAAUGGGGAAAAUGAUGCGGGAGUGCUGGUAUGCUAACGGGGCCGCACGAUUAACAGCCUUGCGCAUCAAGAAAACUCUCUCUCAGCUCAGCAUCCAGGAAGAUGUGAAAAUUUAAUUUGCAAGUCCCAUUCUGAGGAAACUGCACAAAAGCUGCCAUGCCAGAAUUGAAAUGUGGUGGUGAAGGCUACCUCAUAUUUCUUCACAGCCUGCUGCUAUCAACAUAACAUGGACAAAUUUGGCCUGCAGGUGAUUAGGUGAGGAGUCAGGACUUCUUAGACCUAGCUCUCUUCCUGGUUGAGGAGUGAAACACGUCAUUUUUUUCCUGAUGCCCUCCUGAGAAUAUAAAGAGGGACGUGUACAGAGAAAUGUUGGCCACAACUGAAACUUCGGUUUCUCCGAUGGAAAUCCCUGUAAAUUCUAGUGACAUGCUUAUUGGGGAAGGCCAUAUGGCUUGGGAGAAUAAAAGACUGAUUUGUGUACUCAGAGCGAGGGGUGUCUUGAGGACAGACAUCUACAUACACCAGAAGCCUAGUGUACUCCCUGCCUGGCCACGUGAAACUCUUCUCCCCUUUCUAGUUUGACACAUUCUAAACCAGAACAGCUAUUACUGUUCAACAGCGUGUGCACGUGCAAAGGUACGUGUUCCUGCUCCCCUUAGGUAUGUAUUGUGCUCCCUUGUGCUCCUGUGCAUGUGCAAAUAAUAGUGUCUUCUUAUGAAGUGCAGGUGCUAGUGCCCUCUUUGUGAUCAUUAUCACUUUCCUCUUACUCGGGAGAGAUAGAAGUAUGCCCUGACACUUGGUAGACCUACAGGGCACUAAAUAGAUUAUCUCACUGCCACCCAUCCCCUCAUAUUUUUUAAGCAGGGGACAGCUUUUCUUGUGCUUGGCUUCAGGACCCCCCAUAAUGGCAGUGCUGAAUAGCAACACAAGAUUGCCUGGUAAGCAGAGCAAUUUGCAAAAGGAGUAGAUGUUCACUGUAAUUGGAGCUUGUGCUGAUAACAGCAAGUGAGGCAAAAGUAGGGCUGGGGAAGGAUGUCAUCCUUAUAGGAUCAUCACCUUUCCACAUCUCAAGGUGCUUUUGGCAGAACUGAUCUAGCAUUUUACAUUUCUGGAUGUAAGAGCAAAGCACCCAUUGGGGAAACAUAACUCAGAGGCUUCCAGGCAAGAUUUCUCCAUUAAGGAAUUAUGAUUGCAAAUGAGUCUGUUUGUUUUUUUUUAAAAGUGUGUGUGUGUAAAUAUAUAUAUAUGUAUAGUCUCCCAUAUUCUGGAAGCAACUAUAUGUCACUUGCAGGGGAGGGGAGGGGUGGUAUGAGAACAGAUUAACUGCAUGUGUUUUGUUUCAGUUGAAUAAUCAGGGGGUGGCAAGAUUGAUUUGGCUGUCACAUUUGCUUAGUGAACUGCCUGAGACUGUAUUAUGAUGCAAAUAAUGCAUCAAUAACUCUCAUUGUGUAUGGGUUAGGUCAGGUGUUUGUGGUAGAUAACUCUUGAAGCCAUAACUUUUAACUGGAGUGGUUUGAUUAUUUUUUAAUUAUUAUUUUAUUGGGAGGGCUGGGAUUUUAACUUUUUUUUACUAUUCUUUAUAAGAGAAGUAAAAUUGAUGAUUACCUCUCAUUCUGUUUAUAAAGAAAUUACUGCAAAAAAAAAACUUUUAAAAAAAUGCACACAGCUCAGUUUUACACUGGAACUGUUUCUGCUCAAACCAUGAAUCCUGGCUUGUAAGACAAAAGAGGCAGGACUUUUUUUAAGACUAUAAAACAUUCUGUGUGUGUGUGUUUAUGUGUGUUCUCUCCUUCAGCCCUUCCUCAACUAUGUCAGUCUGUAAAGCUGAAGAGUUGUUGCAUUGUAUUUUGGAGCCUACUUUACUUGCUCCUUUUGGUUUGAAAGGAGCUGUUGCUUCCUCCAGUCUGUGUUUUAAAAGAUCUCAGGCACUCUUUAUUUGUGGAGGAGUGUGUGGAGUUCGUGCUUUUGAUUGUAAAACUUGCCUUCCUCUGUCACUUCGUUCUGAUUGUUUCUGAGCUAGAGGCUCCUGCAUAUCUCCAGCAAUGGGACACAGCUGGCUAAAUCAUUCCUGCAUCUCAGAUCAAAGAUGAAGGACACCUUGAAAUUUUACCAAGAUGACAUGGUCUACUUGGUGGCUAGUACUGGAAGCUGAAAACAAUGGAUUUAAAUGUUAAUUGGGUCAUUGGGGGAGAGGGUUACACAGGUGAGUAUGAAACAAAGGGAUAAUUCUCUGACUAGAUCCCACUGAGUAAGAAUCACUUUUAGAGCCAUUCUCUUUGGAAGGUUUCUUGGUCUUUGCAGUGUGAAGAGUGGUGUACCCGUACAACUAACUUGCUGCUGAAAAAUCUAGCCAGUUCAUAGGCACAUUCUACCCAAGGGGUUGAAAUGAUAAGUCCUCUUUUUGUAGUGUACAUUUUCCAUUGUUUCCUGCGCCUUUAUGGCAUUUCAGUCCUGAGCACUGAGAAAUAAGAUCCAUUCAUAUUAGCAAAAAUGCUUCCAUGUAAGAGCAGUUUGAAAUUUAUAUAAUAGCUUACGCUAACAUCCUUUGUAGCCACAUGUAGACUAAUACAUGAAGAGAUGACAGCAGUGUUAUGUUGCACCUUGAAAUCUAGAUGGCAUAGUCUGACAUAGACUCUGGCUCAUAGUAAUGUAUAUGUUUGGGUCUCUGGGACAGAAUUUUUUUUAUGUAGCAUUUUUCAUCAUCCUUUGUCCAAAGAGCAUUGCAAGGCUGCAACAAACACUUGGGAGUGAUUUUGCUCAGUGCCAGUGUGCAGCUACAUCAAGGAGUGAGACUAAACAUGCUAAACAUCCUUUAAAAAAUACAAUGUGUUGUUUCACAGCAAGGUAAGUCUCCAGUAGAUGCUCAUUUGGGACAUCCCAAAAGUUCAUCUGAUCUGCCAUUUCUGUACUGUAACAUUUAUCUGUCCAGUGACAUGUGAGAGUUGGUUGUCAGGUGCAGUUUGCAACACUGCAAAUUAUACCAGGUUGGGAAAGGGCAGGUUUUCCUGCUUUCUGCUUCACCUUCUUAAAAAAAUACACUCUGGCAUGGAAAUCCUUAUGUCAUAAUUCACAAGAGUGUUGUUCCUAUCUGUUCCUCCAUGAAUCCAAAAAGAGAAGACUGCAAGUUAUUUCAAAAAUUAAAUCUGUAGCUGCUGGGUAAUAAAUCAACUAAAAACAACUGUUGAAUUUGUACUACCUGCCAUAUGUGCAUUCCCAGUGUAUUCAGAAACACAGAAAAAAUGCACGAUUGUGUAGCACUCUGCAUUUUUUUUUAGUAACCCCAUUUUAUGCAGCUCAUAGGUUCCAGUUAAGAAACAAACAGCUUAUCUUGGAAGUGUCUGAUGUGUCAUCAGAAACCCAGAUGGAAGUGAGUUUGUAGGGUGGAUGUGCUUGGAUAACACAACAAGGAUACCCAUGGCAUGAUUAUAUAUUCUCCCCAAGACCUCCAAAAUGCUGCAUCUGGAGGUCAUGAGAAUCAACAAGAGCAUAAAUCCAUACUUCUUGGGGGGCGGGUAGGGGAGAACCUGUGAAAUUGCCAUCCCCUUUCCCUACUAUUGACCGUGCUUCCAGGAAUGCAAGAAAUCCAGUAGGUGCAGGAAUAGUGACAUGUUGGACCUCUUCAGCCAUGUGAGUUCCAUGGCCUCCAGCACUGGCAUUCUGGAGAUCUUUAUGGGGUUUCUAGGGAUAAGGAAGGGGAAGGACAUAUGCCAAUGCCUUAGUCUUUUUUCAGAUGUAGAAGGGCCAAGUUCUCAGCUGGGGUUAUUAGUCUCUGGCAAGUGAUACACUGGCUUCAGAACAGAUCAUUCUUGGUACUUGUCUGUUUCUUCUUCCCUUCUUUCUUCUCCCAUUGGUUCUCUGACCUUGACACUUGUUUAAAGUUUUGUAUGUUUUAUUAGAAAAAGACUGUAAAAUAGCCACUUAGACACUUUACCUCCUCAGUAUGCAAAUGUAAAUAUGUGUAAUAUAGGAAAAAUCUUUUGUUUUAAUAUAAGAAUGAGGUUGUCCAAUUUUCUGUUGUACAUUAUUAAAAUUUUGUUUUUAUUCA